AUGUUAUUUAGACAGAAGGAAAGAGUACCAGAUGUUGGCAAAGACAAUUUCAGGGAGUUUAUGAGAAGAGAGGAUGAUUCCUGUGCAAAUACAUAGAAUAUUCUGCCGAAUUUCAUGAACAGCACAAUUCAAGCUUAGACAAAGCAAUCUCAAACACCGUCAGCAUUGGAUGGAUCUAUUAAGAUGCUAGGAAACACUUGGGAUGCAUAACAUCUAGGCAAGUUCUUGCAACAUAGUCAAUUUGCUUAACUAGGUGCUCGAACUAUGAAAUCAGGAGAUACGCCAUAAAACAUGACUCUUAAAAAUUAGAGCUUUUAUUUCAGAAGUCAAUAGCCUAGAUUGAUCGAAGAUAACAUAGAUUAUUUGCAUUAACAUCCCAUCAAUCAUAUGAUAACUUAGCAUCCACUUCAAUCGACUAGUUAAUCAUUCUUAAAAACAAAACUAUUGUAGAUCCCAGAAAAACAUUUUGAUGAAGUCAAAAUUAAUUAUUAAACUUAAGCGGAACUCAAGAAACCUGGAGAAUAUCGUAAGGAUUUGUAAGAAGCUAAAUAAAAUUAAGUCAAAUACCAUUAAUGGAGAUCUCAAUUUUAGGAUGUCAAUAAAGCCUAUAAGAAAGCUAAAUUAGGUUUCAAAUCAGGGUUGUUUGCCUUAGAUAAUCCAACAAAUGAAUAAACCGAAUUGUAUCGAGAAGAAUAUGAUAAACUCAAGAAAUAGGAGGAGCACAAGACUACUCAACAUUUCAAGCGAUUUAAGUCACUUGAAAGAUUUAAUUGCAGCAAUCCAUCAAUUGAAUUCGACAAUGUUAAACAUGUUCAAAAUAGGCCCAAUCCAGAGGAUCCUAUAUUGCAUUAAGGAUAGUUCCCUGUUAAGAAUUUCGAGAUGCAUAAUGAUUGGAUGAAGAAAAGAGCAGCAAAUUCAAAUGUAAAUACUCAGAAUAGGAUUUUUGGAAAGACAGAUAAUGAUCGAAAAGUCAAUUCAUAUAGAGCUUAAUACUUGAAGGAUUAAGAAAUGAGAGGCAGAGAAUACAAUGCCAUUACAUUAGUGAAGGAAUGA